GGCAGCUAACCUCCUCUCUUAGCAGCAGCAGCAGAUUAGCGGUUAGCCUGUUAUGGAAGAAGGAUCUGGACUCAGAGGGCUGUCUGAGAACACGGGACCGGCUGGGACUAGUUCUGAGACGUGAUCUGGAAAGAUAACAUACCAGGAAGCCGAGGACCCGUCUUCCUGACUGACAACAAAGACGAAGAAGAAGAGGAGAGGUUCUAAUCCAGCUCGGCAUGGAUCCACCAGCCGCAGAGAGUCCGUCCGUUCCCCGCCGCCGUCCAGUGUAGCUCCGCGGAGCCUCAGCGGCGGAGCGGCACCGAGCUGUGUUCGCGUGUCUUCCCCGGGCUCUCCCGCUGCUUUGACGGGGUUUCACCGUCGUGACAGCUGCCUCCUGGACUGGUUUGGACUCUCCGCCGAGGUCCCCCUGUCUCCAGGACUGGUUGCAGGAGUUCUUUAGGCUUUUCUUCGUCGCCUGGCCGCUUCUCACGGACGCGGCAGUCAUGUUUUCCGUGCGGAUCGUCACCGCAGACUUCUAUCUGGCAAGUCCCAUCAAAGACCUGGACGUGUGCCACUCGGACUUCAGGGAGAGCGACGUGAAGAGAGUCCCGGUGGUGCGGAUCUUUGGAGCAACACCUGCAGCGAACCACGCGGCAUGCGAGGCGGUGCUCUGCGGGUCGGAGGAACCGGGCCAGAAGACAUGUCUCCACCUCCACGGCGUGUUCCCCUACAUCUACGUCCCGUACGACGGCUACACCCAGCAGCAGGACCGCUACCUGCGCCAGGUGGCCUUCAGCAUCGACAGAGCCCUCAAUGUGGCCAUGGGAAACCCCGCCUCCAACGCCCAGCACGUAUUCAAGGUGGUGCUGGUCUCUGGCAUGCCGUUCUACGGCUACCACGCCAAGGAGAAGCACUUCAUGAAGAUCUACCUGUACAACCCUCAGAUGGUCAGAAGGGUGUGUGAGCUGUUGCAAAGUGGAGCUGUGAUGAACAAGAGCUACCAGCCUCACGAGGGCCACAUCCCCUACCUGCUGCAGCUCUUCAUAGACUACAACCUGUACGGCAUGAACCUGCUCAACCUGGGCGCCGUCAAGUUUCGCAGAGGGACGAACAAAGGAGGACCUGCAGCGGGCUCUGACAGACAGACCGCCAGCAGCCGGCCCAGCAUCAGCCCCUUCAAAAGCCCCUGCACCUCCAGGCUCAAUGACAGCACCCUGGGGGGCACGCUGGUCCGCUGGGAGGAGAGCACCAUGCCCUGCUCCCUGGUCCUGGACGAGGUGGAGAAGCAGAGCACCUGUGAGCUGGAGGUGGAUGCUGUCGCUGUAGACGUCCUCAACCGUCUGGAGAUUGAAAAUCAGAUCGGCAGGAACCCUGGCCUGCAGGCCAUCUGGGAGGACGAGAAGCAGAGGAGGAGAGAGAAGAACCAGGCCUCCCAGAUCGAAACCCCACAGUCACAAGAUCGAGGAUGUGUCGCUUCAACGGAGAGCGAGAAGUUCUUCAUGAAGAGGUUCAAGGAGAUCCUGAAGGAGAACGAGUUCGACGUGACGCAGAGUCUGUCUGCUGGUGAUGGGGAAGAUCAAGAGGAUUUUCCAGGUGAACUGACUCUCCACUCGGACCCCCUGACUUCUGAGGGACUGCCGUGCACACCUGCUAAUGCUGUGGAGGUACACAAGGACUCAGAGUCCUCCAUUAGGAGCAGUAAAGUAACCCCAGAGGAGGCCGUGGUGGAUGAAGAGGCCAUCCUGGGUCUCCUGGAGAACAGUCAGACCUUCCUCCCCCUCUCACAGACGUCCAAUCACUCUCCUCUGUUAGACAGCAGCCCUGACCACACCCUCAUUGACCUGCUGGCUGGCCUGGAGGACGACGGUUUCCGCAGGACCCCCGUCAGGCAGAACUCUCAGUCCCAGUCCCUUCCCGGUGCCCGGAGCUACCACUGCAACAGUGACGAAGAGGAGGCGGAGCCGGAGCUGGAGAAAGAAGAGGCGGAGCUUAGCGUGAUCAUGUCCCAGCGGUGGGACAGAGAGCCUCCUGAGACCACAUCCUUACAGAGGUCUGGUGUGAAGGAGCCGGAGGACGGCUUCAGUGACGAGCAGCAGGAGUCCUCUGACGAAGACAUGGACUGGAGCGGGAAUAACUCUCUGUUCGCCAACCUGUCCAUCCCCCAGCUGGACGGAGCGGCAGACGAGAGCAGCGAUUCAUCCCUGACGGACAGCGGCUCCAGGACGCAGUCCUCUCUCAUAGUCACAGAAAAGAUGCUCGGGAAAAGAAACCCCUUCCCCCGGGAGACGGUUCACCUUGAACCACCAUCCUCAGCCAAGACUCUCCUAGAAAGCAAGCGCCCUGAGCACAGACCAGGUCACGUACUGGACACGGAGCUACCGCUCGACAAGCACUUUCAAUCAAAGAGCAGCCAAGACAGCAGCAGUGAAUGUUCAACAGGGUUCAAGGUCAACAAAGAAAUCCCCUACAUCCCCCCUGUCAAACACCCCAUCCCCUGCAAGAUAGCAAACCACCCUGAGGCGUCCCCCAUCCGUGUGGACCAAGAGGACAUACGACCCCUGUACACAUACGACAAGAAAACCUCCAUAGCUCUGGACGAGACGGAUCUGGACAGUUUUACCUUCGGGAACGGAAAGGUCACCAAAAACAGGAAGAAGUACGGCAGCAUCAAGAAUGUAGAGAAGAACUGUCUGUCCAUCCUGCAGAACCACAGGACCUUCUCCCUCUGCUACUCAGAGCUGAGGAACUGCUCAUCCAAGACCGAGCUGGAGCUGAGCCAGAAGGACCCAAAGAGUCCCAUCCUCAUGAACAUCUCCUCAUCUCCCUCACCCAUGGAGGAUGAGGAGGAGUUCCUCGACCCUCGGGAGGAAGAGAUGUGCCAGGACAGCGAGGAGGGAGAUGUUGGUGAACUCAAAAUCAGGUAUGAGGACUAUCAGGAAAACAAGACCGAGAGGACCAUAGUGGCCCAGCAGGAGGCCCAUUACAAGUUCUUUCCUAGCGUCAUCCUCUCCAACUGCCUCAGCAGGAAGAAGGCUGCAGGCAAAAAGCUGACAGACUCCUGCAGUGAGCUGGAACAGAGUCCACCUCGCAGAUCCAGGGUCAAGAUGAGUAAGAGAAGGCUGGGGAUGGUGGGGUCCAGGACUAAAGUCUACACAGACUCUACAUCUGACAGCCAGGUCAGUCCUGGCCUCACCUCAGUAACGCCUGCCGGUCCCGAGACGGCACACAUAGAGAUGCCUGAUGUGGGGGAGAAACCAGAGACAGAGGCAGAGCCAAUCACAGAGGAGCUGAUGGUAGAGGCAGAGCCAAUCACAGAGGAGCUGAUGGCAGAGGCAGAGCCAAUCACAGAGGAGCUGAUGGUAGAGGCAGAGCCAAUCACAAAGCAGGAACCAGACAGUGAGGAGAGGUCUGUGACAGAGCAGACAGAUCCCCCUGCUGACCCACCUGCUGACCCACCUGCAGAACCACCUGCAGAACCCCCUGCAGAGCCCCCUGCAGAGCCAUCUGCAGAACCACCUGCAGAGCCCCCUUCAGAGCCCCCUGCAAACCCAGUUGCCAUCAGUGUUUGCCAUGUUUCUGAAGAAGCUGCAGAGUCAACAGACGAAAGGUUAAACCCCCUGCAAGACCUGUCUGCCAAAGUCACCUGUACGAAACCCUCUGCCCUGCCUGGGAGCAAAUACACCCUGAGGACCAAACGGAAGAUGCUCUAUGAUGGCGAGGAAGGAGAAUUCUCAGGUACCCCUCGUUCUAAAAACCACGCCCCUGCCAAGGAACGUCUCAAGGACUCCAACCUCCCUGGCGGGCAGGAGGUCAAAUACCAGAAACGGCGCAAGAAGGAGCCGCCUAUCAUCAUCAAGUACAUCAUCAUCAACAGGUUCAAAGGGCAGAAGAACAUGCUGGUGAAGAUGUCCAAAGUGAACUCAGAGGAGCAGGUGGUCUUGUUGACUGAAGACAAGCUGGACCAGUACAAUAAAUUAGCCCCUCUGAGGGACUUCUGGCCCAAAGUGCCCGAGUCCACCGCCGAAAAGUUCCCAGUCACUGAGCCAAAGGUCAAAAAGCACCCUAAAAGAAAAACCAAGGUCAGCUCCACCAAUAAGAAGAUUGUUAGCAGACCCACCAAAGCUCAGGUCAGACCAUGUGACAGAGUCCGCAAGACUAAAGGCUGUCAGAGAGGCCCCCUCCUCCCCUCCCUGCCCCCCCCUCGGCCCUGCUACUGUGAGUUAGCAGAUGAUGGUGGCGAGUACUCUGAUGUCAUGGUAGAGCUGGGAUACCUCUCUGAUAGAUCCUCCAGCCCGACAGACUCAAGCCCCCCUCGGUGUUGGUCCCCUAGUGACCCCCUCAUGGAAACCAGCAGUUCAGAGCAGCUCAUAAACCCCCUCAGUGACCCGUGUCUCAGCUCGGCUUUUCUCACUCAGAGCUCAGAGUCUUCAACCAAAGGAGCGCAGAGUAAGCGUCACUCUGCCAAACCUAAGAGGAGCACCGACCCUAAGAGGAGGGUCACCAAGACCCCCGAGCAAGAGAGGCCCAAGAAGGACAAAUCCAGACGCAGUAGUGCUGCUGCUCCCAGGCAGAGGAAGAAGAGUAAAGCUGAAGGUACUGACAACAGCUCUACCACCUCAACCAGACCAAGGAGGCCUCGCAGCAAGAAGACUGAGAAACCCAAAAGACAGGACUCGAACCAAGACCACUCCCAGCUCCUGUUCCAAGAGGACGAGGUUCCUUGUUCUGAAGGUUCCUCUCAAGAGGUCCCUCUGUUUCAACAGCCAGGGAGCACAGGUAGAAAGAGUCAGGACUGUUCCCAGACUGCCUCCGGAUCUGUUUCCAACCCGGCCACCCAGCCUGUAGAACCAAAGGUGGAGGACUGUGAGACCUCCAUCAUGGAGGUCAAUCAAAGCCUUUCAGUGCUGGUUCAGCUCAAGCAGCAGGGUUGUCAAACUGCUGCAGUAAAGAUGGAGGCUUCACAGGGGAGCACAGCACCUCAGACUCCCUUACUGAAAGACCCCAAACCAGCUGCAGUCUCCCCACACCCAGGCCCUAAGAACGGGGAGAUCCCCACGCUCUCUGAGACCCCCUCGGGCCUGGCCGUCCUCAAGCAGCUCCUCCAGAGACGGCAGCAGGGACAGGCCCUUCCUCUUCAGGUCGUUGGCACAGACAGCCACUCCACUGCCCUCGCUCAGGCUACAGCUCUACUGGACCCUGCAGGUAAAGGAACCAAAUCCAGAAGAGCUCCCUCCACCACUCCUCGGAAACCCAGGGUCCCAAAGUCUACCACCCCCAAGGAAAGAAAGCCAAGAGUCCGGAAGGGAAAAACCAGCAGCACUCAGCCUGUGUCCGUGAAGCAGGAAGGCAGUGUGUCAGAUGACUGCCCCCUCUUCAUGUCAGAGCCCGGUCUGGACCGGUUCAUAGAGGACAGCUUGUCCCCCGAGCUGCCCCACAACUACACCUUUGAUAUUAACGCCAUCGGUCAGAGCGAGUUCUCCAGCCCCUACAGCGGCAGUCAGUUCGUGCUGACCGAUAAGAACCUCCCUGUGAAGUUUCUGAGUGAUGUCAGCCAGGACGCCGUGUCAGCUCAGGUCCCAGGUGUGGACAGGAAGCUGGACAGGCUGCUAAGCUCUGGGGAGGACUCCCACAAACAGAGACCUGCCAGCCCCGACCUCUUUGACAGAUCUGAUAACGGGGAGUCUUUACCAAACCACCUCACGUUCCUGGACUCUGAGAGGAUGAAAAGCAAAGACUGGGACUUCUCUGUGGGUAAAACCCACACCCUCAGCCCCUUUCAGGACUUUCACUGUGAGAGGAAAGAGCUGCUCUUCUCCGUCUUCGACCCCGUCCUGCCUCUGCCUUUGAGCUCUGCGUCCUUUGUGGACCUGGACGGCUCCUCAACAGGGGAGCUUCUGGAGGGCAUCGAUGGCCUGACCUCCACCACCCCCAGCAGCUCUCCACGCUCCAUCAGCUCUUUAUCCCAGGUGAGGACCAGCCAGCUGCUGCGGGGGGCAGGAGGUGGAGCCCACAUCCUCAAACCCCUCAUGUCCCCUCCAAGCCGGGAGGAGAUCCUCGGUACCUUACUGGACCUGGAGAUGUCGGAGGCCACCUUCCAGGAGCCCUUCUGCAGCGACCCCUCUGAUGCCCCAGGGAAGCCCAUGGAGGUCGGCGGCCGGAAGCUAACAGUGGGAACCAGGCUAGCUAAGGAGCUAACGGAGUUCAGCGGGGACUUGUCUUUAGAGGGUCUCCACUUCUGGAAGACGGCCUUCUCAGCCAUGUCUCACCCCGCCGCUGUUAUAACCUCAACUUCACAAACCAAGGGAGCCGAGGUCUCAGAGGCCAGAAGAGAGCAGACAGAGCCGAACCGGUCCUCAGCCAGCGACAAGAAGGUAGUCCUCCUACCCUGCAAGUGUCCCCCCAGCAGAGAGCGCGUGCAGCUGUGGCUGGAGGCCAGGAGACAGUACGAGAGCUUACAGAGAGGAAGGAGAGACACGGGGCUGCAGAGGACAGCUCUGGAUGUGGAGGGAGAGCAGGAGAAGACUGAGCCCCCUGCAGUAAAGGCAGAGCUGUGUGAGAGACUCAGGACACAGAGGAGAAAGAAACGCAACCUGUCCUUGAUCCUAACUCCUGUGAAGACCUCUAGAGUCCGUCCACAGAGACUCAGAGUCCAGUGUCAGAAGAAGGUGGUCACUGAUGUCGAGCAGGAAGGUGGAGAGAAGGAUGAGAACGAUGAUAGAGUCACCUCUCCAGAGUCUCCAGAGCUGCCUCCCUGGCAGCAGUCCAGUCAGUCAAGCCCCUCAGGACCAGACCGGCCAAGCCACAGCAGGCAAAACUCUUCAGAACCACAGUCACCUCAGCUCUCCAACUCCCCAGAGAGACCGGGCCAGAGUCUGAGUCCCUCACUCAUCCAUGUCAGCAGCAAGGAAGAGGACAAGACCAGCCCCCUCCCCCUGCACAGCACCCCGUUUUUAAGUAGGCGGCGGAGAAGCAAGGACGACCUGGAGCCCGUGUGCAGUACUCCCAUAUCUGGAGGGGAUCCCGUCUCUCAGAGGCUGCAGCAGAGGAGGAGAAGCCAGGCUGACCCACUGAGGAGAGUGUUACUGGACACACAGAUGAAGAACCAGUUCGCUGCUUUGAACGUGCCAAAGAAAGAUCACUCUCAGAUCGAAGGGCCCAGCAUCACCAACUCGUACGGCUUCAGAGUCAGCAUGCAAAACCUGCAGGAGGCCAAAGCUCUGCAUGAGGUCCAGUACCUCACACUGAUGGGCAUGGAGCUACAUGCUAGAUCCCGACGUGACCUCGAGCCGGACCCUGAGUUUGACCCCAUAUGUGCCUUAUUCUACUGCCUCAGCUCAGACGCUCCGCUACCAGACGAGGACAGCAGGCAGCUGACGGGCGCCAUCGUGGUGGACAAAGACCAUCAGAGCUGUGACCAAGGUCACAGAAGAACAGCGCCCCUGCUGGUCAGGUCAGGCGUCUCAGGACUACAGGUAACAUACACCUCUGAUGAGAAAGGGCUGUUCCAGGAGCUGAUCACCAUCAUGAGGAGGUUUGACCCAGACAUCCUGGUGGGCUAUGAGGUGCAGAUGCGGUCCUGGAGUUACCUCCUGCAGCGGGCCUCUGCGCUGGGAGCCGACCUGUGUCAGCAGCUGUCUCGAGUGCCAGGUGACUCCAAAGAGAACCGCUUCACUGCAGACCGGGACGAGUAUGGAGCUGACUCCAUGACUGAGAUCAGCAUCGUCGGGCGCAUCACCCUGAACCUGUGGAGGGUGAUGAAAACUGAGGUCACGUUAAACAACUACGGCUUUGAGAACGUCGCCUUCCAUGUCCUCCACCAGCGCUUCCCCACGUUCAGCCCCCGCACGCUGUCGGACUGGUUCGACCACAAGACCGACCUAUACAGGUGGAAAAUGGUGGACCACUACGUGAGCCGCGUGCGUGGCACCAUGCAGCUUCUUCAGCAGCACGACAUCAUCGGCAGAACCAGCGAGCUGGCUCGAGUGUUUGGGAUCCAGUUCUAUCACGUUCUGACCCGGGGCUCACAGUACCGCGUGGAGUCCAUGAUGCUGCGUGUGGCCAAGCCGCUGAACUACAUCCCUGUGACGCCCAGCACCCAGCAGCGAGCUCAGGCCAGGGCGCCGCAGUGCAUCCCUCUGGUGAUGGAGCCGGAGUCUCGUUUCUACAGUAACUCUGUGAUCGUGCUGGACUUCCAGUCGCUGUAUCCCUCCAUCGUCAUCGCCUACAACUACUGCUACUCCACCUGCCUGGGCCACGUGGAGAGCCAGGGAACGCCUGAUGAGUUCCGGUUCGGCUGCACCUCACUGCGGGUUCCUCCUGAUCUCCUCCACCAGCUCCGCAAUGACAUCACCGUGUCCCCAAACGGCAUCGCCUUCGUCAAGUCCUCGGUUCGUAAAGGAGUCCUGCCCUGCAUGCUGGAGGAGAUCCUGAACACGCGGAUCAUGGUGAAGCAGUCGAUGAAGACCUAUAAGGAGGACAAGGCUCUGAUGAGACUGCUGGACGCCCGGCAGCUUGGACUCAAGCUCAUCGCCAACGUCACCUUUGGCUACACCGCAGCCAACUACUCUGGACGCAUGCCCAGCGUGGAGGUUGGAGACAGCAUCGUCCACAAAGCCAGAGAGACCCUGGAGAGAGCCAUCAAGCUGGUCAACGACACCAAGAAGUGGGGCACACGUGUUGUGUAUGGAGACACAGACAGCAUGUUUGUUUUACUGAAGGGAGCCACCAAAGAGCAGGCGUUCAAGAUCGGCAAUGAGAUUGCAGAGGCGGUGACUGCAACCAACCCCAAACCUGUCAAGCUCAAGUUUGAGAAGGUCUACCUGCCCUGUGUGCUGCAGACAAAGAAGCGCUACGUGGGCUACAUGUACGAGAGUCUUGACCAGAAGGAGCCGGUGUUUGAUGCCAAAGGGAUCGAGACGGUGCGGCGCGACGGUUGCCCUGCUGUUUCCAAGAUUCUGGAGCGCUCCAUUAAGCUGCUGUUUGAGACUCGGGACAUCAGCCAGGUGAAGCAGUACGUGCAGCGUCAGUGUGUGAAGGUCCUGGACGGCCGGGCCAGCAUGCAGGACCUGACCUUUGCAAAGGAGUACCGAGGCAGCGGCUCGUACCGGCCGGGGGCCUGCGUGCCUGCCCUGGAGCUCACCAGGCGUAUGAUGGCGUACGAUCGUCGUCUGGAGCCGCGGGUCGGUGAGCGGGUACCCUACGUGGUGGUGUACGGGAUGCCCGGCGUGCCCCUCAUCCAGCUGGUGCGUCGACCCAUGGAGGUGCUGCAGGACCCGAGCCUCCGCCUUAACGCCACCUACUACAUCACCAAGCAGAUCCUGCCGCCGCUGGCCCGCAUGUUCCAGCUGAUCGGCGUGGACGUAUUCAGCUGGUACCAGGAGCUGCCCAGGGUCCAGAAGGCGUCCUGCUCCUCUGCGGUGGGUGGAGAGGAGGCGGGGAGGAAAGGAACCAUCUCUCAGUACUUCACCACGCUGCACUGCCCCGUGUGUGACGAGCUGACCCAGCUGGGCGUGUGCUCGCGGUGCCGCGCUGAGCCUCAGAGGGUGGCUGUGACUCUGUACCAGGACAUGAGGACAUGGGAGAGUCAGCAGGACCGGCUGCUGAAGAUCUGUAGGAAUUGCAGCAGCUGUGCAGAGCGCCAGGUCCCCUGUGUGUCCCUGGACUGUCCCGUCCUCUACAAGCUGUCCCGGGUCAACAGACAGCUCUCCAAGGCCCCCUACCUCCGACAGCUGCUGGAGCAGUUCUGAUUGGCUCCUGGACCCCGGAGCCCCCCCCCUGACUUGGUGCUAACGGCUGCCCCAGCGCCCGCCCCCCCCCUCCCCCCGUCACGCCCGGUGUUUCAUGGUCCGUUCAGUUGUAAAUGUUUAAAUGGUGCUUUGAUUGAACCCUCAUCGUCUCUUUAAUGUUGUUCAGUAUUUCUCUGUCUGGUCGGAGCCUCCCCCCCCCCCCUCCUCCUCCUCCUCCUCCUCCUCCUCCUCCUCCUCCUCCUCCUCCUUCUGGGGCUUGUGUAUGUCUUCAUGCCCGUUCAUCUCUGUGAGCUGCUCCGGGCUGAGUGAAGCCGCCGUGUGUGGUGACGUAGCCACAGACCGCCCGUCCUGGAGCUGAGCACAGUCCCAAACAAGGCGGUAGUUUCCUGUCCUGGCUUUUUAAGGAUCUUCCCUGAGACCGGCUGCAUUCAGACCACUAACGGACUGGACGCCAUUUUUAUAUCCACUGCAGUCUUUUUGUAAAUAACCCUGUACAGCUCCCUCCAUAACCUCACUGUGCAUUAACAUGAAGCAGGAAGCUACCUGGUCCUCCUGGUCCUCCUGGUCCUCCUCGGACUGAUCACACACCUCACUCUCUCUGAGUGUUCCACCUUUGAAUCACCUGGGACUGUUGCAAUACUGUGUUUUGAUAAUUUAUGUCAUGAAGAGUAUUAUUUCAUUGUGCAUUCAUGGUUUGGUGUGCGUUUCCAGUUUUCUGUGCAGAAGAAGAAAGAAGUCAUCAGGACCCUGUUCAGACGGGACCUUCAGCCCGCGGUCAGCCGUGCACACAGCGCCUGUGUAUAAAUGUAAAAAUAAAGAUGAAGGAGGUGUUUUCUUUGUUUUUAAUGGACAUUGCUGUGGGUGGAGGUUUGAGAUUGAUAUAAUAAAAAGUCAAUGUAUGAAAAAAAC